AUGGUGAAAUGCCUCUAUUGUUUGAGGCAAUUCAUUCGAAACGGAACCGAGAAUUUCUUAGAAGAAAUUUCGUUUAUUCUUUCCCCAGAAAUGGAAAAAAAACGUAAAUAUUCAGAAGAAUAUCUGAAAUUUGGCUUUACUAACUUGACUAGCAAUGGAAUAGAGAAGCCACAAUGCGUAUUGUGCAAAGUUGUUCUCAGCCAUGAAUCUAUGAAACCUUCAAAACUCAAACGUCACUUAGAAACGAAGCAUUCAGAACACACUAAAAAAGAUUUGGAGUUCUUUCGUCGACAUGAAACUAGUUGCAAACGUCAGAAACUUGAUCGAACAGGAAGUUUUCAGCAAGAGAGCACAGCAUUAGUGCAAGCAUCGUAUGAAGUCGCAUUGGAAAUUGCUAAGCAAAAAAAACCUCACACAAUUGGAGAAAAGCUCAUCAAACCCUGUAUGUUAAAGAUGGUGAAAUUAAUUCUUGGAAAUUCUAGUGAAGUAAAGAUGCAGCGAAUAUCUCUGUCUAAUAAUACUAUUCUGCGGCGUAUAUCAAACAUGUCCGUAGACGUUAAAGAACAGAUUUUGAAUGAAAUCAAGGUUUCACCAUUGUUUUCGUUUCAAGUUGAUGAAUCAACAGACAUAAGCUCGUGUUCCCAGUUGCUUGUCUUCGUGAAAUAUAUUCAUUCAGAUGAUAUCAAAGAAGAGUUUCUAUUUUGUAGUGAACUUGAAACUACUACAAAAAGUGAAAGUUUUAUGGAGAAGAUAAAUACGUUUUUUGAGACUGGAGGAUUAAAGUGGAAAAACGUCUGUGGAGUUUGUAUGGAUGGUGCACCAUCUAUGCUUGGGUCAAAAUCGGGCUUUCAGAAAAAAGUAAAAGAACUAGCUCCCCAAGCAAGGGGAAUCCACUGCAUGAUUCACCGGUAUGCCCUUGCCAGUAAGACUCUUCCAACUCCUCUGCAAGAGGUACUUGAUUCGCUAAUAAAAAUCGUAAAUUACAUCAAAUCUGGAGCUCUUAACACCCGUCUGUUUAAAGAACUGUGCAAAGACAUGGAUUCUGAUCACGAGGUUCUACUUUUCUACACUGCAGUACGCUGGUUGUCGAAAGGAAAUGUGAAUCGUGUCUUUGAAUUGAGAGAUGAAAUCAAGUUGUUCCUGGAAGUGCAAGGGAAACAUGACCUUUUGGUUUACUUUAAUGACAAAGCUUGGUUGAAAAGAGUAGCAUAUCUAGCAGAUAUAUUAGAACAGCAAAAUAGGCUUAACCUUAAACUUCAGGAAAAGGAAACGAAUAUUAUCGCAAUUCAUGAUAAUCUCAGAGUAUUUUUAUCCAAGCUGCAAAACUGGCGAAGAAAAAUAAAUCUUGGGAACAUUGCCAUGUUUGAGAAACUCUGCAGUGUGGUAGAUGAAUCUGAAGGUGAAAUAAAUAAAAAUUUGAAAGAAGAGAUUACUGGGCAUCUCAAAUUCCUUGAAAACGAACUCCAACGUUACUUCCCUGAGCUGAAAGAAGAAGAAACUACAUUUACACAAAAUCCAUUCUCUGCUUCCCUUGAUGUAGCCAGCAUUCCCGAUGAAUUACAAGAUGAAUUCUUGGAUUUGCGGAAUGAUUCCUCGGCACAUAACUUGUUUAAUGAAAAAUUGCUCACACAUUUCUGGUGUGAUAUGUAUCAUUCAUACCCAAAUGUGAUAAUGCUUGCUUUUCGAGUUUUAGUCCCAUUUGUGUCUACAUAUCUCUGCGAAAGUGGAUUUUCAACUCUUCUUCGUUUAAAACCAAAAGAAAGAAAUGAAUUAAAUGUUGAGAAUAACAUGAGGUUGGCGUUAACAAAAACUCACCCGCGAAUUUUGAGGCUGGUUAAUAACAUGCAAUUU